GUUGGGUGCCGUCCUUGUGAUUGACGGCUGUGUCUGACAUAUUGAAUAUCGCUGUCGUUAUUUUGAGGAUGACAGUGCUUUUUGAGAAAUAUUAGUAAUUGUGAAAAUAUGGCUGGUGCAAUGUUGUUUGAAAGAGCACAAUCCGUUCCUUCUCAACACGAGAAACUUUUGAAUUUGAAGAGAAAUGAAGACGAGGAUAAUGAUGACCAGAACAUUGUUAAUAAAGAGCAAGACAUCCUCAAUCUGGGAGAAAAAUACAAGAAAGAGGGUAAGGCCAAAGAACUUGCUGAAUUGAUAAAAGCCACUAGACCUUUCCUUGGCAUGAUAAGCAAGGCAAAAGCUGCAAAGUUGGUGCGAUCUUUGGUCGAUUACUUCCUUGAUUUAGAAGCAGGCAUUGGUAUAGAAGUACAGCUAUGCAAGGAAUGUAUAGAGUGGGCAAAGGAAGAAAGAAGAACUUUUCUGCGACAAUCUUUGGAAGCCCGACUGAUUGCUCUUUAUUUUGAUACAGGAAUGUACAAUGAAGCUCUGCAACUAGAGUCCACUUUGUUGAAAGAACUGAAAAAGUUGGAUGACAAAAAUUUGUUAGUUGAAGUUCAGUUGCUUGAAAGUAAAACAUAUCAUGCCCUGAGUAAUCUACCCAAAGCUCGUGCAGCACUAACAUCUGCUCGUACUACAGCAAAUGCCAUUUACUGUCCUCCAAAAAUGCAAGCAGCAUUGGAUCUCCAGUCAGGUGUAUUGCAUGCUGCUGAUGAAAAGGAUUUCAAAACUGCUUACUCAUAUUUCUAUGAAGCAUUUGAAGGAUUUGACAGUGUAGAAGCCCCAAAAGCACUCACAGCUUUAAAAUACAUGCUUUUGUCAAAGAUCAUGGUCAAUAGUCCUGAAGAUGUUCAACAAAUUGUAAGUGGCAAAUUGGCAAUCAAAUAUGCUGGACCUGAUAUUGAUGCAAUGAAGGCUGUUGCCCAAGCAGCUCACAAAAGAUCAUUGGCAGAUUUCCAACAAGCUGUCAAACAGUUCAAGCAUGAACUUGAAGAUGAUGUUAUUGUUAGAGCACAUUUAGGAACACUCUAUGACAAUAUGUUGGAACAAAAUUUGUGCAGAAUCAUUGAGCCAUAUUCUAGAGUGCAAGUAGAUUACAUUGCAAAAACAAUCAAGCUUCCUAUGGUACAAGUAGAAAAGAAGCUGUCACAGAUGAUUCUUGAUGCCAAGUUUCAUGGUAUAUUAGACCAGGGAGAAGGUGUUCUAAUUGUGUUUGAGGAAACUCCAGUAGACAAGACUUAUGAAAUGGCUCUAGAGACAAUACAAAGCAUGAGUAAAGUAGUUGAUACACUUUAUCAAAAAGCUAAAAAAUUGUCCUAGGUGCAAUGUAAUAAUUGAACUAAAUUUAAAAGUGACUGUAUUUUCUCAAUUUUCAAAAUAUGUCUUAUAACUUUAUUUUACUUACCAUUUUUGUUUGGCAUAAUUAUUAUGAUGAUGUAAUUCAAAUUUAUGAAUAGUUGAUAAUACAAACUAACAAAAUUUACAGUU